AUUCACGAGACCAAUAUUCCAUCACAUAGCGCACUAUCGAUCACCGUCGGUCAUUCACAACGCAGACAUGUCUCGGAGCCUGUUCCUGCUGUCAGUGCCCUCCUUGAAUCCAUUAUCAAGUGGUCCCUAGUCCACAUUCGUCCCCCCCCAACGAACGUACUCCCACUCUCCACAUGAACUGGACAGCGGGAAGCAAAUCAUCACCACAGCCAUGAACGAUACAAUUGAGGUACUCGUGCCACGGCGACCGCAAUACCAAAGUAGUCCGCGGCAAGUGACGGUUGAUGAGGCUAUACAAUACACGCCAAUGACCACCUCAGUUCUGCCGGCGCAUGAUCGUAUUCCCAUACCACAGUUGCGGCGGGCUCACGAUGCGAGACUCACGACUUCCGCCGAGCGACAGGCGGCCUAUCGUAGCGAGCUGUACACAUCAAGGACCAAGGAACGCUUGGCUGUCCUGCUAGACCCGAGCAGACUUUCAGAGAUAAAAUUCAAACGACCUCCUGUGCAAAUGCAAACCCCAGCUCAACCCGAUCUGAACCCUAUCCAGAAAAUGGUCCUGAAUCUCACGAAGAUCGACUAUACCUACCCUUCCACAAAAUCUGCUCAGCCGCCCACUAAGAAGACGACUCCUAAGAAACAGUCUCCAAAGCCAGCCACUUCUCGUGUUGUCGUUGAGAUUCCUCAACCACCUUCGUCCUUCCGCCGAGAUGACUAUGCACCCAUGCCCGACUCUCCGAAGAGAAGGAAAUUGAGCGGCUCCCAGGUAGACGGCAAAGUCGCUGUUGUCGUCGGCUCCAAGAAGGACAAAGACAAUCUUCUUCUGAGCACUUUCGAGGGCUUCCUCUCCGAGAUAUUCGAGGCUCAAGAUCGGUUAGCCCCGGACACCUCAGCCUCGUCAGUUGCCAGAAGCGCCAUGUUCGAUGCGCCUGAUGAGGAAGAAGAUUCGGAGCCACGUCUCGCCAUCACAGUGCACGAGAAGUUGCAGACGACUCUGAAUCAACUCGUCUCUUCCGCUCGCUUGGCCGAUGCUCCUCUGGAAUACCUGCAGCGUCUACAACGCAUCUGUGAACCAGCCGUGGAGGCAGCGCAAACCGUCAACCUUCGACUUCCACCCGAUCCGUCCGAUGACGAUGUCGCAAGCUGGCUAUCGAAACUUCAUAAAGCGGACAGCGGAGGGAUGUCCGCCUGCACUUUAAUCUACACGGUACUGGGAGCCCCUCAAAGCCAGGACCUUGUCAAUCCCGAAGUGCUCCAGUGGCUUCCGAAUGUAUUGGUCAACAUGUUCGAGAAUUGUCUGAUCCCAGUUGUGGAAGCUCGGCCAGAUGGGCAGGACGGCAGAUUGUUCGAAACUGCCGCAGCCAACAGUGAAGCCGUCAAGAGAUUACUCGACGUUGGCCGAAAACUUCUUGAUCUCGUUGCCAGAGUAUGUGUACAAGUCAAAGGUGCCAGUGCCAUCGUCAACUCUACCGAGUUUCUUGCUUCGAAACUACUCUUCGUGCAGAAUGCAUAUAAUGACAAAACCUCAGCAAUCGGAUCACAACCAUAUGAAAGACUAAGAAAGCAGGCCAUGGCCGUGCUUGCAAAGCUGUACGCAGCUUUUCCUGAUGAAAGAGGAGCUAUUCUCGACGAAGUUUUGACGUCUUUAGACAAGCUGCCUUCCAACAGCCGUAGCGCCAGACAGUACAAGCUGGGCAAUGGCAAAAACAUACAACUUGUGUCCGCCUUGUUUAUGCUCUUGGUACAGACUCCGGCGGUGCAAUCAGGUAAAAGUCGGGGCGACCGAAGCCGUCGUGCACGCCGGGACUUAUCACGGAACCCGGAAAGCUCGGACGAAGACGACUCUGUGGACGACAUGGAAGUCGAUGCGGAUGCCGUUCUAGACCGCAAUGAUCAGGACCCUCUGUCAAGUCUAACCCGAAAAGCCGACAGUCUCUUUGCGGAUGCUUUCAGAAGUGCUCAGCAGAUUGUAGGCUGGAUGGUUGACAAGGCUUCGAAAGUCACCAAGACUGGUGACUCACCUUACCGCAACAUCCUCGAUCUCUUUGUCGAAGAUUUGACCAUCGUCCUUCCGUCAACGGACUGGCCGGCUUCGGAGUUACUCCUCACAGUCUUGGCUAUGCGCAUGGUAUCGCUCGCCAAAAACGAUAAGGCUGCCUCGAUUAAGAACAUGGCCUUGGAGUCCCUCGGAGUUAUGGGCUCCGCGAUUUCUGUGACAAGGGCAUCUGCAAGAAAUCUUAUGUCAUCAAUCGUGCGAGAUGGGGAUUCGAAUGCUUCGCUAGGACAGGACCUGGCUGAUCUUGUCAAAGACCCAGCACAUUUCAUGGUCCGCGACGACGAUCUCAUUUCCGUAGACGGUCCUUUCUCAAUCGUCUGCGCAUAUCUGGACUCUCAGAAGGGUGAAGGACUGAGGACGAGAUCUGCAAAGGCUUACUUCCUUGUGCAGUAUGCAACAUUUUUGUCCCGAACACUGAGGGGACCACAAGCUGCUGAGAUUGACGCUGCCCUUGAAACAGAACUGGCCGACUUGAUACCGGGACUCUUGCGUCAACUUUCUGAGCCAGAUGAAAAUCAUGGAUUUGCAGGCGAUCAUCACGAACCGACGCACCAAGAAGCGCAGCUUGCUUACUUGUUGAGCAUCCUCAAUAUGCGGUUCUGUCGACAAUUUGGAUCAAUUGCAAAGACACUCGCUUCAUCUCUCUCAAGCGAUCAGGCUCAAGUCAGAAGUCGCAGCUUGAAGAGUGUGGUUACCAUUCUCGAAACCGACUCAAGUCUUCUUGAUUGGGAUCCCACCAUAGCCGAUGAUGUCUUCAAAUGUGCCUCGGAUGAUUCUUCUCUUGUGCGGGACUCUGCAUUGGCCUUGAUCGCCAAAUUCAUCAUGCCGAGACCAGCCCUUGAAGAAAAGGCCUUUAAACGACUUCUCAAAUGCGCAAUGGACGCCAAUGUGGGAGUACAGAAGCGAGCCAUGGGGCACUUGAAGGAUGUCUAUGCCAGAGAGUCACGCAAGGGUAUGAAAGUAACUAUUGCCAUUGAAUUCCUCCGGCGCACCGCAGAUCAAGAAGCCUCCGUCGCCGAUUUAGCAAAAAAGACACUGGCAGAGAUCUGGAUCACGCCAAAGUUGACGCUUCUGAGUGGCGCGAAUGAAUCGGCUCAAGUUGAGGUUGCUGUCCAAGAGCUCACAGCACAUAUCGUCGCCUGUGUUAGCAGCGACACCGAAGCAAUGGCUCCGCUGCUGAAAGCAUUCCUAGCGUGGAGGUUGAAAGACUCAAAGGACGUCACCCAAGUCCAGAAUCUCUACGCUCGAAUUGUGAAAAAGCUCUUGGACACUGCCAAUGGCUCCGAAGCAGGUCCGGCAGACCUAACAACGCUUGUGGCUUUUGCGGAAGCUCGCCCACAGACCGUCGUACCAGGAGACCUUACCAGCCUGAAAAGCUAUCUCAAGGAUCUCUCAAAGUCGGACAAUAUACUGAAGUUCAAGUCAGUCGUGGCUAUAUUCCGAAACGUGCUGCCAAACCUGUCAAGCACGCAAGCCCCAUUGCUGCAAGAGGUCCAGCUCGACCUUAUGAAAGCUUCCAAGAGUCUUGCACGUCGUCAAGAGCUGGAAGAAGUCAUGUCUUGCUUGAGAAGUAUUGAUGGGGUUUUGCACAAUACAGGCAGGAUUGUCGCAUUCACGGUAUCAGUCAUGCAGAAUGUUUUGGACCCCAAGAUUUCUCAACCACUCAAAGACAAGUUGACGAAGGAGAACAAGUUCGGCGAGAUCGAGGCCAGAAUCAACAAGGUCAGAGAGCAGUCCUUGCGCCUUGCUGGGACGGUGGCGAAGCACAUCAACCUUGAAAACUACCGCAAGACUUUCCAAGCGGACUUUCCCACCUUCAAAUCUACUUCGGUCGCAGGUUUCAUCGCUGAUAGCAUUGUUCCCUACACAUUGAGAGAUGCUGCUGUGGAAGUACGAUUGAAAGCGUUGGAGAGCUUGGGUUUAAUUUGUCAAGCUUGGCCUGGCCAAUUCAACAAGAAGCACAUUCGAGAAACGUUCUUCCAGGUCCUAGCUGGAUCCUCGUUUUCUUCGUUGAACGAGAACGAUAUCUUGAAGAUGCAGGUCAUGGUGCUCGGUACAUUCGAGGAACUCUACGCACGGAGGGCUAGCGAAAGAGAAGGCACCGCCAAAGGAGAAACGAGUGCUGAAGUGCAGGCCUUGAAAAACAUUGGUGGAGACAGCAAAACACGCGAGGACGACAGUGCGAUCGCCAUCAUCACCAAUCCUCUCGUCGAUCACUUACUUCGAAUUGCCAUGUCGGAGACUGGUGAAAAAGCCUUGCUUGCAGCUCAAACCCUUGCCAGUAUCGACCAUCAGGGCAUGACUCAUCCCAAGCAAAGCACUGCUGCAUUUGUGGCGCUGGAGACAAGUAUGGACACGAGGGUGUCCAACGUCGCCAGAGUCGCUCAUGAGCACCUUCAUCAACAGCACGAGUCCGUUUGCGAAAGAGAGUACAUCCAUGCAGUGUUCGAAGCGUUCCGGUACCAAAAUGAAGUCUUCAAGGAUCCUCAUGGCGGCAUUUCACCAGGCCUCAAGGCCAAACUCGCUCCUGCGUUCACCAUCAUCAGCAGCAGCGGAUCCAAAUAUGUGAAGAAAUUUCUCAGCAGCCUGAUUUCGAAGCUCAACACCGAAUACACCAAACUGACCUUGGAUGAGCAGGAGAUUCCCGAGCAUCUUGCCUUUGUGUUGUUUGUCACCCAGAACCUUGGAUUCUUCGAGUACAAGAGGAUGGAGGAGUUGCUCCAUGCUGUGUUGCAGCUGGAGCUGGCCUUUGGCAAGAAUGGCGGCGAAACUGCGCAAGCGAUCGAGACACUUCUCCAGCCAUAUCUCGUGGACCCGUCAACGGAAAGUCGGCCAAAUGAUAACGGUACCGAAGACAUGAUAGAGGUCGAAAAACCAGAGGCUACGGCACCAGUGGAUUUGGAAGUUCUGAAACGACUGGCCAUAGCAGCCUGUGCCAUCACCCUGAUAUCGGAAGCUCGCAAUUAUCUGAAGAGACUGUACGGAAUCUCUCGGGAUGUCAAAAUGGCGAUGCUACAGAACAAACAAACUAAGGAGUCGACCAAAGAGCCUGUGAAAGUGCAUGGCAUCAGUGGCGAUAGGUUCUGGACGAGCAGUAAUUCUGUCUUGGAAUCUCUCAGCAGUACAGAAGCAAUGAUACAGCGAUGCAAAGAUUUUGUGACGCUUGUGGCGAUUGACGAUGAGGUGAAGAUUGCUGAGGAGGAAGGGGAGAAGUUCUCAGCAAAUGUUGCUCCCGAUGCACCCAUGAGCGCACCACGAGGUAGGAAACGAAAAAGUAUCAAUGGUUCUGUUGGCGGUACUCCCAAGAAACCUCGUGGACGGCCUCCAAAGAACGCAGGUCCUAGACGAUCAUCAAGCAUCUCGUCGCUCGAAGAUGAUCCUGAGGGCGACUUUGCUGGCUAAGCACACAACGGAAUCGUCUGCAUGUCGACUGAGGAGGCAUGGGUGAUGAACCCGAAUCAGGAUUUUGGUGAUGAUACGAACGAAAAGAAGUCCAAGUUGAGGAGUACCAAGGUACUUUAGAGGGUCGGGUCAAGUGCAUUUAUUGAUGAUGCUUCUGUUUAUUACAUGAUACCCCAUAUAGUUAGUUAUUGAGUGGCCUCGAGAGCCUUUGUGACUGCAAGAAAUUGAACAUAUGUCACCCUAUCUCGUACAGUAAAGUGCGAGUAAGUAAAUCGAAUGCCGUCUUCCUAUCGGGAAAGGCCAGACGGCGAUGCGAUAAGUACCUCACUCGUACAUGGAGAUGAUGGCUUGCUUAAGUUAGCUCGACAGGUGGAUGAUGUUUUUUUGCUCAGACUUUCCAAUGA